UAUUAUUUAUUUAUUUACUGUGAAUUUCGUGCAAUUACAGCUGGAAAUUUCUGGUACAAUUAAUAGAAGUUUCUUAAUUGACCUCGAAUAUGUCUGAAUAUGAAUCAGUGACUAAAACACCUUUGAGAUUGAAGAAAGAUUCUGGAAUAAAGAAGAAAAAGAAAAACAAGGAAAAGAAAAUUUUAGAAACACUUGCCAAGGUUGAAAAGACUACUGGAGCUGAAAAUACACAAGAGGAAAAGCCUCAAACAGUACCUCUCACUAAAGCAGAAAGAGCUUUUCUUUUAAUGAAAGAGAAAAAGCAAAUGGAACGAAUCCUCGAAAAAGCAUCAAAAACACACAAGCAAAGAGUUGAAGAAUUUAAUCAUCAUUUGGAUUCCUUAACUGAACAUUAUGAUAUACCAAAAGUCAGUUGGACCAAAUAAUCUGGUUACCUUCAAGUGCUUGUUAAAGAAUUCAUCGUACUGUUCAGUCAUUUUCAAGAUUUCCAUUUAUAUUCAUUUUAUCUUGAUGUAAAUAAAAUUCAUUGGGAAAAGUUGUAAAAUAAGGUAAUAAUUGGAAUCUUGCUGUUUAUCAACCACAAAGUAUUUAUUAGAACAAAUUUAUUUUUAAGAUGGUUGAAGAUAUAAGUUUAUUUAAUAGCUUCUAAGGGUUAGUACCAGGAUGUCUAGAAAGUAAUAUUUCUUUUCAAAUUGAAUCUUAUUUUAGAUCAAUGUAAAAAUGAAUUUGGCAUUUGUUCUCCCAUUAUGCAUUAUAUUAUAGAUUAAUAGAUCUUUUCUAAAAUAUAACUUAGCAUAUUAUAAAAAAGUAGGCAUCCUAAAUUAUUUUUACACAUAAGAUAUAUAUUAUGGAUAAUUCGUAAGGUUUCCAUCAGUAAUGAAACCUUUUAAAUAUACUAUUUGAUGAAGUGGAAAAAAUUCAAUGAUUUUUAUGCGUUAAAACAUUUGACAUUAUUAUGUGCUGCAAUUCUAAAUGAUAGAAUUGUUAAUUAUUUCUAGAAGAAAAUUUGGAUGGCUUAAAAUAAAAACCCAUUAAGAAACAAAAUGGAAUUUUAAAAAUUGGAAGGCCAUAGCUUUAUAGGAUGGCACUUAUGUUGAGUACACAUGCCACUGGCAAACAUAGUCAGUUGACUAUGCUGAUGAAAUUCAUUUGAAAUCAAUGUAUGCAUAGAAAAAUUGUUUCUCUGUAUCUAAUUUUUAGCAAGAAAGCAAAGAUCAUUAUACUUUGUAAAUGUGCAAAUGAUUACAAAAUUCACCAAGGUUUUAAAAAAUAAUUCUUAUUUAAUUAGUUUGCUAUUAUUGAUUUCUUAAUGAAGAAUUUUUUGAGUAAAGUAAUAUAUCUUUUAG